UCUAGUUUUGGUUGCCUAAAAGACUUAUUGCAAUGUGGUAGUUUUAAACGCCAGUGUGUUCAAUAUUUUGUGCAAAAUUAUGCAAUAUUUCUGUAAAUUACAUUUUAAGUAUAGUUGAUACCAUGGCAUCGGAGCAGGCAAUUAAUAAUGCCGAUUUAUUUUUACGUGAAGUGGCUGAUGUAAAAAUAAGCAAUACACCUAAGCAUGUAGCACCUAAACAAGUGAAGGAAGAAUUACAACUUCUCUCCUUAAGUAAGAAAUCUCAGGAAUAUAUUAUGGAUACAUUGAGGCACAUUCAUGGAGAAGAUUUCAAAUUGAGUGAUGCCAGUAGUUAUGAGGAUAAAGGGAACCAUGUUGGUAAGAAUUUUUGGAAGGGUCGUGGAAAUUUAAUCAUCAAAGGCUGCUUUGAUUAUUCCAAUACCAACAAUGAACCAGAGAGUGAGUUGGAUAGAUUGAAAAUGUUCGCACAAAUGAGAUUGGAAAGUUAUGGUUUUCACAAAGAGCACUGCCAAGAAGCUUUGGAUUAUUGUAAUGGAGAAGUAGAAGAAUCAUUAUGUAUAUUAUAUAAUAAAUACUUGAAGAUUGAUGCGAUAGCAGAAAGUGAACAUAACUAUUCGGAAAAUGAACUGCUAGAACAAAGAGUAGAUGAGAAAGGUGUACUGGAGUCAAUUUAUGACAAUGCAUUUACUGAAAAGGUUAACAACACUGUUUGGAUCUUUAACUGUAAGUUAGAUUAUCUCUCUAAAUUAUAUUGCAAUAAACCUGAAAAGAAGAAGCAAGUUGAGAAAGUUCAGAAUAAGAAAAAAGUAGAGAAAUGCAGAUAUUUUCAACGUGGCCAACCAUGUAAGUUUGGUUCAAAAUGUAGAUUUUCGCAUGAAGAAGAUGGUCCAAAAAAUGAAGUUAAUCAACAUUUAGAUAAUUACACGUACGAAUUGGAGAUUAGAUUUCCGCAUAAAACAAUGUAUCCUUUCGAAGCUCCUAUAAUAUUUCUUAAAACUGAUGCCGUCUUACCACAUUUGUUAAACUUGCAUAUUUGUAAGCGGUUGCAUCAAGAAGCCGAAGUUUUAGCUUCAAAUGGUAUUGCUAGUAUUUAUUCUAUUGUAGAAUUGCUUCAGAAUGAAGAGGAGAUGACUAGUUAUAUCAAGAAUAACCCUAUACGCUUUUUGGACCCUGAUCAGUCUUUGUUCCCUAAAAUCCAGGAAAUUGAUCCGAACAAGUUGAAGAGAUCCACGCAUUAUAAAAAAGGCAUCACAAAUAGGGAUGGCAAAAGUAAAAUGAGCUUGGAGCAAAUUAAAAAGGAGGAUAAGAAGUUAGCAGAAAGAUUUAUUUCGAUUCAAAAUGAUAAUAAAUAUAAGAAGAUGCAAGAAGUGCGGAAUAACUUACCAGCGAUGUCUUAUAAAAAUACAAUAUUGAAUACAAUGAAAACCCAUCAAGUUUUGGUGGUCAGUGGAGAAACAGGCUGUGGUAAAAGUACACAAGUGCCGCAGUAUAUUUUAGACGAGUGGUUAGAAAAUUUUAAAAGCGAUCACGUAGAGAUUGUGUGCACCCAACCUAGGCGUAUUUCAGCUAUAGGUGUUGCAGAACGUGUAGCUCAGGAAAGGGCAGAUAAAAUUGGAAAUGUCGUCGGAUAUCAAAUUCGCUUAGAAAGUAAAGUUUCAUCCAGUACUAGAUUAAAUUUUUGUACCACCGGAAUUUUACUUAGAAGAUUAGAAGCUGACCCGAUGCUCAGUAACGUAACUCAUAUAAUAGUUGAUGAAGUUCACGAAAGAAGUGAAGAAAGUGAUUUCCUAUUGCUUAUUUUAAGAGACUUGUUGCCGUUGCGGCCAAAUUUAAAAAUUAUACUGAUGAGUGCUACUUUGAAUGCAAGUAUAUUCUCCGAUUAUUUUGGUGAUGUGCCUGUACUUGAAAUUCCUGGACGCACGUUCCCCGUAGAACAAUUGUUCUUAGAAGAUAUAAUUGAAACUACAGGCUACGUUUUGGACGAUGUUCUUACUUACGGAAAAAAAGUAAAAAAUAUGGAACAAUUUGAAAUUGAGAUGCAGUCAUGUGAUGUAUCCAUGCGAAAUUUUAUGCCCAAGGAUUGUGUAAAAGAUGAAAAUCUAAGAGUUGCAGAAGUUCUUGCUCGGUACAAUGGUUACAGUAUGAAAACUUGUAAAACAUUGUAUCUGAUGGACCAGAUGAAAAUCAAUUUAGAAUUAAUAGAAAAUAUUUUGUGUUGGAUUGUGAAAGGGAAACACGAAUUUCCGACAACUGGUUGCAUUUUAGUGUUUUUACCUGGAAUCGCUGAAAUUAUGGCUCUCUACGAUCAAUUAAUAGUGCAUCCUGAAUUCAAUCCGAAGAAUGGAAAAUACGUUUUGCUACCGUUGCAUUCUAGUUUAACUAGUGAAGAACAAUCCAAAGUAUUUGAAAAUCCUAAAGGUGCAAGAAAAAUAGUGCUGUCUACUAAUAUUGCUGAAACAUCUGUUACAAUUGAUGACUGUAUUUUUGUUAUCGAUGCCGGUAAGAUGAAAGAAAAGAGAUUUGAUUCCAACAGGAACAUGGAGAGUUUGGAAACGGUUUGGGUGACGAGAGCAAAUGCGUUGCAGAGGAAAGGAAGAGCUGGCAGAGUGAUGUCCGGCGUUUGCAUUCACCUGUACACCAAUCACCGAUUCAGGUAUCACAUGUUGCCUCAGCCCGUACCAGAAAUACACAGAGUACCUCUUGAACAGCUUCUAUUAAAUAUAAAAGUAUUGCCAAAUUUUGAAGAUCAAGAUAUUUAUAAAGUUUUAAAUAAGAUCAUCGAGCCGCCUGUUAAGGAUAGCAUCGAUUCAUCUGUAAAACGCUUACAGAAUAUAGGAGCUCUGGAUAAAGAAAUAAAUUUAACUCCUUUAGGUCACCAUUUGGCCGCGCUUCCGGUGGAUGUGAGAAUUGGAAAGCUAAUGCUUUUCGGGGCAAUGUUUUCGUGCGUUGAUUCAGCUCUAACAAUGGCCGCAUGUUUGAGUUAUAAAAGCCCUUUUGUAACACCUUUCGGUAAGAAAGACGAGGCUAAUGCGAAGAAACGAACUUUCGCCAACGGUCUUAGCGAUCAAAUGACUGCUCUAAAGGCAUACAAUAAAUUUCAAGAAGUCAACAAGAAAAGUUAUUAUGGUGGUAUUAACUACGCGAGAGAAAAUUAUUUAUCGCAUAAAACUCUGAUAACAAUCGCCGAUAUUAAGCAUCAAUUUCUGGAGUUGCUAGUCAGUAUUGAUUUUGUGCCAAUUAAUUUGAACAGGAGACGUCGGUCCGGGCAAGACGACGUUUACCAAGUAACUGGACAAGAAUUUAAUGCGAAUAACGAUAACCAAAGGGUGCUGUCGUCUAUCCUCUGUGCUGCCUUGUAUCCGAAUGUAGCAAAAAUAUUGCAACCAGAAAAAUCGUUCGUGGUCAGCGCUGCUGGAGCUGUUCCGAAGCAACACGAGUCCAAGGAUUUCAAAUUUAAAACGAAACAGGAACAGGUUUUCGUACAUCCCAGCUCGAUCAUUUAUGAAAUUAAGCAAUUCGCUAGCUCCUUCCUGUGUUACCAAGAGAAAGUUAAAACUAACAGGAUCUUCGUAAGGGACUUGUGUGUAAUACCCUUAAUACCUCUUGUGCUCUUCUCCGGUUAUGAACUGGAUAUUAAUGUGCACAAUGGGACUACGUUCAUUGCCAUGGAUGAUAAUUGGAUCUUAUUUGAAGUAGAUGAGCAUAAGGUGGCCGAAAUGAUUAAAAUGAUACGGAUUGAAUUACUUGAGUUAUUGGAAGAGAAGAUUAAGGAUCCACUAUUAAAUAUUCAACAUCACGAUAAAGGCGAACGCAUUAUCAACACUAUAUUGCAAUUAGUUUCCGGGGAAUAGCAUCAAAUUAUUAACUUAUUUUAUUAUA